AGAAAACGACGUCGCUUGCAGCUGGUCGUCCUCGACUCGCGAGGGGGAGCCUGGUUCCGACUUUCGAAUUCGAAGCCUGCCCCUGCAACUUCAAACUCCAGCAUUUGUGGGAUAUACUCGAAUCCUGCAAGAAAACAGUUCCACUUCACCAUCUCCAGAACAAGAGGAUAUGCAUUGAUCUCUCAUGUUGGAUAGUUCAACUUCAGAAUGUGGGCAAAUCAAUCUCAUGUGUGAAGGAGAAAGUCCACCUCAGGGGUCUCUUCCACCGCAUUAGAGCGCUCAUUGCUUUGAAUUGUAGCCUAAUUUUUGUUACAGAUGGAUCAAUUCCUGCUAUUAAAUUAUCAACUUAUAGGCAACGAUUAAACUCUGGAAAAGAUGUAACACAAAAUGGAAGCAACUUACAGAAAAUGUCUUCUUUACCGAGGAACAGGGGAUCUGAGUUUUCAUGCAUGAUAAAAGAGGCUCGCAUCUUGGGAAUGGCCCUCGGCAUUCCUUGUUUGAAUGGGAUUGAAGAAGGUGAAGCUCAAUGUGCUUUGUUGAACUCCGAAUUAUUGUGUGAUGGAUGUUUCAGUUCAGAUUCAGAUAUAUUUCUUUUUGGUGCAAGGACAGUGUAUAGGGAUAUCUGCCUUGGAGAUGGGGGGUAUGUUGUUUGCUAUGAGAUGGAAGACAUUGAAAGAAAACUUGGAUUUGGAAGGGAUUCAUUGAUUGCUCUUGCCUUACUUCUUGGGAGUGAUUAUAAUCAAGGAGUCUAUGGUCUAGGUCCGGAGUCAGCUUGUCAGAUAGUUAGAUCUAUUGGUGACAAACAUGUGCUCCAAAAAUUUGCUUCUGAAGGAAUUGAAUGUCUGAAAAGACUGAAAGGUGCAAAGAAGCAGGGACAAGUCUUGAAGGACAACAACAAAGAAAAUAUGUUGGACCAUGAUAUGGCAUUGAGUCAUGGAGGCGGGAACAAUUCGCAGAGAGAUUAUAACUUCUUGCAAGUUAUCAAUGCUUAUGUAAAGCCGAAAUGCCACCCUGUGGAUUCUGAUAUUGUGAUGAGGGUUCUUGCUCAGUAUCCAUUUCAACGUAGUAAACUCCAGCAGAUAUGUGCUGAAUUCUUUCAGUGGCCUCCGGAGAAAACAGAUGAGUAUGUCCUUCCAAAGAUAGCUGAAAGGGAUUUACGGCGAUUUGCCAAUAUGCGCUUAACGUCAUCAGAAGUAGGACUGAAUCUUCCUUUGAAUGAGAUCCCUGUAAAGUGUCCGGUCUCGGAAAUCAUUAAGUGCCGAAAAGUUCAAGGAAGAGAAUGCUACGAGGUGUCAUGGAAUGAAAUGGAUGGACUUGGAACUUCAAUAAUACCGGCAGAUCUUUUAAAAAGUGCUUGUCCUGAGAAGAUUUUGGAGUUUGACGAGAAAAAAGGUCUGCUCAAGAAACAAAAUGCUCAAAAAAGAAGACCAAAGAAAACUGAAACUGCAUCUUCUAUGGCUGAACUUGACCUGCAACUUACGAAUCUAUCACUGAAUAUCGAGCUGGGAGACCACGCCAAUCACAAUGCCUCCGAUUCAUCAGAACAGGUCUUUCAAGAUGCAUCUGCCGUGGAUGAAGCUUAUCUGAAUAACAGAGACUUGUCAAGUUCAUUACUUGAUGAACAGAUCGAAUGGAAUCAAAAUGUG